GCGAGAGGCCCGGCGCUCACGGUUAUUCACCCGCCCCUCCCCCAUCUCCCGUCCUCCAGCGCUCGGAUGCUGCUGCUGCUGCUGCCGUCCCAUCACCGAGAGAUGCGCGUCAAACAGGCAUCAUCAGCAUGUAGACCCACAUAUCUCCUUCACCCAUCACUCUAUCAAUCAGCGCCCAAAAUCACAGCAACGAUGUGACCAAAACGACCAUGCUUUACGUUCCUGACAGCACAACGCGCCGUUUUUAACCGAUUAAUUAAUGCGGACAUGGUACAAUCUGAUCUGCAUCAUUUAGGUUUUCUUCCGCAUAAGAUGAAGUGCUCACCACAGUCUGCUGCCUCCUGCUCCCUUCAUUUGAUUUUUAUUCUGCACCGUUGCGCAUCAUCUGUAUUUGGAAUAGCGUAAAGGUCAAAUGAUGUGACUUUCAUUUUUGUGUUCUCCAUGACGGGCAUGAUUUGAGGCUAAAUCACUGGAUAUCGUCCCGGGUUUCCUGUCUUUUUUUUCCGACUCAACGUCAAAUGUCCUUGGAACAUGGCCUGCGCGGUUUCUUAUGGACGUUAUUCCUGUCACUAGAUCUCCUUUAUUGUUUGAUAAUCAGUAACACUUGCUUUGGUCUUCAUAGAGAUGGAUUGGCACAAUGGCUACCACUUUAUUUGCUGACUUUUCCUUUAUGGGGGGAUAUUUCAGGGGAACCCCAGCUACCAUACCAUAGAAUAGAAAACCCCAAAGAAUCUCACAAUUCAUGUCUCAGUAUGGAGAACUAUAUAGAGAACAUCUUAGAAAUAGGUGAGGAGGAAAAUAAAUAGGACAAAAGAGAUCACACAUUGUCCCAGGUACUCAUCUUUUAGCUCAUAGCAUCUGCUAAAAAGCUUCCAGUCUUCCACAACCAACACACCAUCAUGGGGGAUCUGGGCAAUAGCACGGUAGACUUCCACCCUAAGAAGCCGGGGAUGGACAAAGAAGGUCAUGAGGGAGAUUUCGGGGUGACAGUUGAGGAGUUAUGCUCGCUGAUGGAACUCAGGGGAGCCGAGGCCCUGCAGAAGAUCCAGGAGAACUACACAGAUACAGAAACCCUCUGUCACAGACUCAAGACUUCACCUGCAGAUGGAUUAUCAGACAAUCCUGCGGACUUGGAGAAACGUCGGCAAGUGUUUGGAAUGAACUUCAUCCCUCCUAAGAAGCCCAAGACCUUCCUUCAGCUCGUGUGGGAGGCUCUACAGGAUGUUACCCUCAUAAUCCUGGAAAUAGCGGCUAUUAUUUCCCUCGGGCUGUCCUUUUACCAGCCACCAGGAGGGGAAAUUGAAGCGUGUGGUAAUGUAAGUUCAGGUGCGGAGGACGAGGGAGAGGCAGAGGCGGGCUGGAUCGAGGGUGCAGCGAUCCUGCUCUCUGUGUUCUGCGUGGUGCUGGUGACAGCGUUUAAUGACUGGAGCAAAGAAAAGCAGUUCCGUGGCCUGCAGAGCCGUAUCGAGCAGGAGCAACGCUUCGCUGUGGUGCGGAACGGCACGGUCAUUCAAAUCCCCGUGGCUGAGAUGGUGGUGGGGGAUAUUGCCCAGAUCAAAUAUGGCGACCUCCUGCCUGCGGAUGGUGUUCUCAUCCAAGGGAACGACCUCAAGAUCGAUGAAAGCUCCCUCACUGGAGAGUCUGAUCACGUAAGCAAAUCCAUCGACAAGGAUCCCAUGCUGCUGUCAGGCACUCAUGUAAUGGAGGGCUCUGGGAAAAUGUUGGUGACUGCUGUUGGUGUCAACUCUCAAACGGGCAUCAUCUUUACCCUCCUGGGGGCCGGAGAGGUGGAGGAAGAGAAGAAAGACUGCAAGAAAGAGGUCAGUAGUAAUUCAUCCACGCUGUUAUCCAGUGUUGAAGCCAAAGAACACAACAUCAUAAAUGGGAAACAAGACGGCACCCUGGAGAACAAUCAAAAUAAAGCUAAGAAACAGGAUGAGGCUGUUGCCAUGGAGAUGCAGCCUCUGAAGAGUGCAGAAGGUGGGGAAGUGGAGGAAAAAGAAAAGAAAAAAACUAGUGUGCCCAAGAAGGAGAAAUCAGUUCUUCAGGGCAAACUCACCAAGCUGGCAGUGCAAAUCGGGAAAGCAGGUCUGGUGAUGUCCGCCAUCACUGUGAUUAUCCUGAUGCUGUACUUCGUGAUCGAAACGUUUGUCAUUCAGGGACGGGUCUGGUUGACAGAAUGCACACCCAUUUAUGUGCAGUACUUUGUCAAAUUCUUCAUCAUCGGAGUUACAGUUCUGGUGGUGGCUGUGCCAGAGGGCUUGCCACUGGCUGUCACUAUAUCAUUGGCCUACUCCGUAAAGAAAAUGAUGAAGGACAAUAACCUGGUGCGUCAUUUGGAUGCAUGUGAGACUAUGGGCAAUGCCACUGCUAUUUGCUCAGAUAAAACAGGGACCCUCACCACUAACCGGAUGACAGUAGUGCAGAUUUAUGUAGGGGACCAGCUUUUCCCCGACAUCCCAAGACCAGACCAGAUUAACCCAAAGACACUGGAGCUCAUGACCAGUGCUAUUGCUGUGAAUUGCGCCUACACCUCCAAAAUAAUGGCUGCAGAUAAGGAAGGUGGGCUGCCCAAACAAGUGGGUAAUAAGACAGAAUGUGCUCUUCUGGGACUCGUGCUGGGCCUGAAGCAGGACUACCAAGCUGUGAGGGAGCAGAUCCCAGAAGAGAAGCUCUAUAAAGUCUACACCUUUAAUUCUGUCAGAAAAUCCAUGAGCACCGUCCUUCAGAUGCCUGACGGAAGCUUCCGCUUAUACAGCAAAGGAGCCUCUGAGAUCCUGCUGAGGAAGUGCUCAUUCAUCUUGGGCCGUGACGAUGAGGCUCGUGCUUUUAGGGCACGGGACAAAGAUGAAAUGGUGAAGAAAGUGAUUGAACCGAUGGCAUGCGAUGGCCUUCGUACGAUAUGCAUCGCUUACCGGGAGCUCCCAGCUGACCCCAUGCCAGAUUGGGAGAAUGAGACAGACAUUGUCUCCAACCUUACCUGCAUCACCGUGGUCGGCAUUGAAGACCCUGUUCGACCUGAGGUCCCAGAAGCAAUCAGGAAGUGUCAACGAGCAGGCAUCACUGUGCGUAUGGUGACAGGUGACAACAUAAACACUGCACGUGCCAUUGCUGCCAAAUGUGGCAUCAUCCAUCCUGGUGACGACUUCCUGUGUAUCGAAGGGAAGGAAUUCAACAGGCGAAUAAGAAAUGAGAAAGGAGAGAUUGAACAAGAGCGCAUUGACAAAAUUUGGCCCAAGCUCAGAGUUCUUGCUCGUUCCUCCCCUACAGACAAACACACACUAGUCAAGGGUAUCAUAGACAGCACCACUGCAGAACAAAGGCAGGUGGUUGCAGUCACCGGUGACGGCACAAAUGACGGACCCGCUCUGAAGAAAGCUGAUGUGGGGUUUGCAAUGGGCAUUGCUGGUACAGAUGUGGCCAAGGAGGCCUCUGACAUCAUCCUGACGGACGAUAACUUCUCCAGCAUAGUAAAGGCUGUGAUGUGGGGACGGAAUGUGUAUGACAGCAUCUCCAAAUUCUUACAGUUUCAGCUCACAGUGAACGUGGUGGCUGUUAUAGUAGCCUUCACUGGUGCCUGCAUCACGCAGGAUUCACCCCUUAAGGCUGUGCAAAUGCUGUGGGUAAAUUUGAUCAUGGACACGUUAGCUUCUCUGGCUCUUGCCACGGAGCCGCCCAACGAAGCAUUGCUCCUGAGGAAGCCCUACGGCCGAAACAAUCCCCUCAUAUCCAGAACCAUGAUGAAGAACAUCCUUGGACAUGCAGUGUACCAGCUUACCAUCAUCUUCACCCUGCUCUUCGUAGGUGAGAAGAUCUUUGACAUAGACAGUGGACGUAAUGCUCCACUUCACGCUCCUCCCUCCGAGCAUUACACCAUCAUCUUUAACACCUUUGUCCUCAUGCAACUCUUCAAUGAGAUCAAUGCCCGUAAGAUCCAUGGAGAGAGGAACGUGUUCGAUGGAAUCUUCUCAAACCCCAUCUUCUGUUCAAUUGUGCUGGGGACCUUCGCAAUACAGAUUGUGAUUGUGCAGUUUGGGGGGAAACCCUUCAGCUGUUCCCCCUUAAAUGCGGAGCAGUGGCUUUGGUGCCUGUUUGUGGGAAUGGGAGAGCUGAUCUGGGGACAGGUGAUAUCAUCAGUGUCAACACAUCAGCUAAAGUGUCUGAGAGAAGCAGGCCAUGGGCCGGCUCCAGACGAGAUCAUGGAUGAGGAUCUUGCUGAUGAUGAGGAUGAGAUUGACCAUGCCGAGAGAGAGCUGAGACGAGGGCAGAUCCUGUGGUUCCGAGGACUCAACCGAAUUCAGACUCAGAUGGAGGUAGUGAGUACCUUCAAGAGAAGUGGUUCGUUUCAGGGUGCAGUGAGACGCCGCUCUUCAGUGCUCAGCCAACUCCAUGACGUAACCAAUAAUUCUACUCCCUCUCACGUAGUUCUCUCCACUGCCAAUGCAACUGGUGCCCCCGGGAGUGAGUCCUUACAUUCUGUUAACGGCACCUCGUAGAGCCCGUGCACUCAGAUGGCUAGCUUAUACACCAACACACGCACACACGUGCAUUGUUGCCUGCCUUCAAACGCGACUAGUCUGCUGAAUGUUGAGUGUGUGUGUGUGUGCAAGAGAGAGAGAGCAGAUUAUUAUUGGAGCAUCUGCUUUAUCUCUCUACAUGUGUAUUUUUAGUUUGUUUCGCUUAUUUGUUUUUGGCCUUUCUUUCUUUCUUACUACCUCAUAACUUAUUUCUUGCUCUUGCUGUUUAAUUCUGGCGUGGUGUUGCCAAUAUGAAGCUGGUAUUCUUUUUGCCUUUUUUUGAUUCUCCCGUUGCUUGAUUUGCCUAUAAUUCACCCUCAAAUCAAUGUUGCCAUAAAGAGCUACCAGAAUUUCACACGAAUGAGCCCAACAUCAAUUGAACUGAAUUGAGAAACUAUAGUGGAGAUGUUUCAUCUAUUUAACAACAUUGGAACAAUGAAAGCAAAAGGUUGACUGUUGUAAACCUGCGAGUAUAAGCCCAUAAUGGUUUCUGCUGCCAUUUUCAUAUUAGGGAUAUUAGCAUUGAUAAUGCUAACGUUUUUCUAUCCCGUUCAGGACAAAAAGCUUACCUACACAGUGUGCUGUGUUUUUUGCUCUGUCUUUGUGCACCUUGUUCAGAUUCUCGUUUCUCUCUUCACAGGUUUCAUGUUAUAAACUGCCACGCUUGUCAACUAAUGAAAAUGUCCUGCUAAUUGUUGCUGCUUCAGUUUCUACACAUAAGAAAACCUUUCUUACUCUCUGCUGCUAUGAUUUAUUGUCACAAAACAGCUUUAGUUUUGGGGACCGUCUUCUUGAAAGUCAUUCUCACAGACAGUGAUUUGUUUAUGCGGAUUUAAUGCUCCAAAUAUAACAUCAACAUUGCCCUCCAGGUACCAGCGAUCUUUUCUGUGGUCUAAAGAAAACAGCUGUGUCUUAGUGUUUCCAAAUCCCUUCAAAGAGACCCCCGAGCAUUAGCCCAGCUGGAAUUGCCCCCAGUUUCAUUAUCAUUUCCCUUUCAGUGUAAAUCUUCAGUUCCUUUUAUUUAUGAACCUUUAAAAUGAAAUAUAUUCCUUUUUUUUAAACAUAGGUUUUUAGUGUCUUAUCCUGUCCUGUCAGUCUUGUCCAGUAUGUUCUUUUUUAUUUCGUCUUCGUCCUUGUUUCAUCGUCUUGUGCUGUGUUAUCUUAGAUUAAAGCCAACAGAGAAGGGAAGAUCCAGCUACAUUGAGUAUAUAUUUUUUGAUUGUAAUAGUUUCGCAAAAUAAUGUAGACAUGCCUUGGUGAUGCUGCACGAGAGGCCUGCUUCUCAAAAGCUUUUGUUGGGCCAUCACGCCACAACAAAAGAACAUGACUUUGUGCUGUAGGUUUAGAUCUCCAUCCUUCAAACGUCUGUCUUUCACCUCCCUUCAUGAGGAGUUCUGAUGUGAUGUGUUUGGAACAACUAUUCAAACACAAUCCCUUUUCUGUUUUUCCAUCCAGUGCCUGAAUUACAAAAGACUAGCUGUUUCCUCACUGCAGUUAAUUCACAAUGGGUUUUUUUCCUCUUUGAUAUCAUAACCAUUACAAAUUCUGGGCCUUAUACUCGAAAGUUUACAAUGUCAGUGCUGCGUAGCAAAGAAAACGGCUUUAAAUUAAACAGGAACCUCAAAACGAAUGGCUCUUUGGAAAAACAAAGCCACAGAAGUGCUGUUGUGUCCAUGUUGUGAAGUCCUCUCCCUCUGUCAGUCACAUUGCUUUGUGGUCAUUCCCCAACGUGGUUUGGCUAUGCAUGUAGAAUGCAGAGAGCGGGAAAAAAAAACUUACAUCUGAUGAAUGUUACGGUCCAACAUGCAUGGUCACACAAAUGAUUUUUCAAGAAGAUGCAUUUUCACCACGGCUGCUGUAUAACCACACAUGACGAGAACGAGGAUGUCAGAACAAGUAACGGACCAUUUUGAUGAAUGAUUUUACGGAUUUUUUUUUCUAUUGAUUGUGUACUUGCAUGCCAUGCAUGAACAGGAAAAAGGAAACUUGAAUUAUUGUGCAUGGUUGCAUGGGAGACAAGUCCCAUUUAAUGUGUUCAUACUUUUGAGGGCAUAGAGUGUUUGGGUUUUCUUUUUCUUUCCAAAAAACAAGGCAAUCAAGUUCUUCUAAAUGUCCUCAUAUUAGAGUGAGCUUAUAUAAUCAAAGAUACUUUGCAUUGUUUAAUUUCUUAUUUUUUUUCAUUGAUUUAUUGAAAGUGGAUUUUAGAAAGGCUUUCAACUAUACCCUAUAAAUGUAACAAAUAGAAAACUGAUGAUGUCAGAUCAAUAAAUAAUGCUUACAGUAA